GCACUCUGCAGAUUGUCUCGGCCUCUUCUCGCGUCGCCUGCCUCUCAACGUUUUAUCGAGUGGAGGAGGAGAGCGAAGGUCGCAACCAAUCUUCUUCUUCUUCUCCCGCUCGCCAUUUCUGCCAUUGAUCCCAUCUCUCUCCUCCAACACAACAAACUCGACUAUUUGCGGAGAGAGGACAGCGUUCGGCGCAUAAAUUUGGCUGAAGCUACAUAUUUAGCAAGCAAAGAAGCCAAGCCAAGGAGGAGGAGGAGGAGGAGGAGGAAGAAGAAGAAGAAGAAGAAGAAGAAGAAUGAUUCCGACUUUUAUCCCAUUGUUUUCUUGGAGGCAUAAAAUGGAGGAUACUGGGGAAUGCACUAGCCACGCACUUCGCAGAUUGUGCAGUAGGAAACCUCCAAAGCAUGGGAAACCCGUCAAUCCAGCGCGCGAACGCCAUGGCUCGAGAUUACCCACCUCCCUCUCUGCUCCAGAUUUGAAAGGCUUGGAGACGAGCCCCAAGGAGAGCACUUCCAGCGAGGAAACCCAAAUCGACCGAAUCGACUCGCUGUGGCACGGCUUCUUCCACCUGUGGAGGCACAAAUCCUUCAGACGCUUCUCCAGCUUCCCUCCCUUCGGCAUGGCGAAGCACUCCAAAACAGGGAGGAGGAGCAGCAGCAAAAGCCUCUCCGAAAACCAAGAAUCAUCGCCGCCUUUCUUCGUCAUGCCUUCUUGCGAAAACUUCACCAUUUCUCAGCUCGAGAAGGCAACCGACCACUUCAGCCCUGAGAAUCUGAUAGGGAAAGGAGGCUUCUCAGAGAUUUACAGAGGAUGUCUAGAUGAUGGCCAGCUCGUGGCGGUAAAAAGGAUCGCCAAGGGCACGAGCGAUGAAAUUACUCAGAAUUUCCUAUCCGAAAUGGGAAUUCUAGUCCACGUGAAUCACCCAAACACAGCCAAGCUGAUCGGAGCCGAGGUGGAAGGGGGCAUGCAUCUCGUCUUCGUCCUGUCUCCGCAUGGAAGUCUGGAAAGCUUUCUUCACGAGUCGGAGGAGAGACUGGACUGGGAGAAACGAUACAGGAUCGCCGUGGGGACGGCGAAGGGGCUCGAGUAUCUCCAUCAGAGGUGCCGAAGACGCAUCAUUCAUCGCGAUAUUAAAGCUGCCAACAUACUGCUCACUGAGGACUUUGAACCGCAGAUAUGCGAUUUUGGGCUUGCAAAGUGGCUGCCAGAUCAAGUAACACACCAAACAUCGUCAAACUUUGAAGGCACAUUUGGAUAUCUUGCUCCUGAGUACUGCACCGAUGGUGUUGUCGACGAGAAGACCGACGUGUUUGCCUUCGGCAUCCUGCUGCUCGAGCUCAUCACCGGCCGCAGGGCCAUCACUUCGGAGCAGGAGAGCCUGUCGAUGUGGGCUAAGCCACUGCUCGAGCAGGACAAGAUCAAGGAGCUGGUCGAUCCUUCUCUGGGUGAUUCUUACGACGAAAUGCAGUUAAUUCGUGCAGCAAACACGGCGCGCUCAUGCAUUCAGCACUCUCCUGUUAUGCGCCCCUGCAUGAGCAAGGUCAUAAGUGCGCUGACAGGGGAAGAAGAUGAAGGUGAUAGCCGGAUUACAACGCAUCAGAAAGAGACUGGAAGGAGGACAAACUCUGAGGGGACCGACGACGACGAUGAGGAUGAAUACAAUGAGACGAAGAAUUUGAACGAUUUGGAUCGGCACAAGCAGAUUGCUUUCGACUUCCAAAACCAGUAGUCUGGACCAUGACUCAACUUUGUGAAUUUAGUUGCUUGAGUUGUGUACAAAACAAAACAAAACAAAACAAAAACUUAAUUAUUAUGAUGUUUCACAGUUAGGAAGUGAUCUUGUGGACUAAAUAAAUGCAUUGUGAUCUAAGGAAAACAGUUGGACAACAAGGUUUUUUUCCCCCUUUUA